AUGGCUGACAAGGAAAAUCCACAACUUUCACAGGAUGACCUCCUGGCUCAGAUCGUUGAGCUUCAGGCGGAGGUACGAAGGAUAGCCGAGUUCUCAACACAAAAUAAUGGAGAGAACUCCAAAGGCUCAGCUCAAAGUACGGCGGACCCUUUAAACAUCGUCCCGCCAAAGGAAAAGCUCACCCUCGACAACCCCUUCUCCGAGGAGAUCACAAAUUACCAGAUGCUAAAAAACUUUACGCUGCCCACCGCGCUGGAGCCGUACAAGGGGUUCGGCGACCCCCGAGCCCACGUGAAGAAGUUCCAAUCGAUGAUGUUCUUCAACGGCCCGAACAAUGAGCCCGUCCUCUGUCGAGCAUUUCCCGUUUACCUAGAUGGUGCAGCGUUACUCUGGUUUUCUAAACUUUCUGCAGGUUCGAUCUCCUCCUUUGAAGACCUCGCCAGAUCAUUUAUUGAUUACUUCGCUGCAUCAAGAAUAUAUGUACAUGGCUCGGACUUUCUCGGCACCAUCAAACAAGGUCAGCACGAGAGUCUGAAAGACUACAUGACCAGAUUCGCGGAUGCCACUAUGGAGAUCCAAGACUUGGACCCGGCCGUCCACCUGCAUGCUCUCAAGGCCGGCCUCAGACCAGGAAAAUUUCGGGAAACCAUUGCCAUAACAAAACCAAAGACGCUAGAGGAAUUCCGAGAAAGGGCGGCUGGGCAAAUGGAGAUCGAAGAAUCCAGUGCAGAAAAACAAGAUCGCCACGGUAUAUGCGGACCAUCAGGAAGCUCGGCAAUGCUAUCACGCUGGUCUAAAACCAGUCCAAACAGAACAGGAAGCUCGGCCCCAGGUUCAAGCAAUCCACACGACGGCCAACUCAGCAACACUAGCCGAUCUAGACCCAAGGGAAGACCUCGGCAAAAGACCUCAGCCAAUGGACGAUCUUCAACAAAUAACACUAACAGCAGACGACAAACAAUGUACAUAUGUGGGAGAGGCAUUAGAAGGAGCAGACCGAGCAAGACUCAUUCACAUACUGCGUCAGAACGCCGACCUUUUUGCAUGGACACCAGAUGA